AUGCCUCCAAUCACCUGCCAUAUCCUCGAUACCACGCUAGGAAGACCUGCCCAGAACGUCAAGUGCGAGAUCAGCGUUCUGAAAGAGUCGUUUGAAUUGUUUGCCACGGCUUUCACCAACUCGGAUGGCCGGGUUGCCGAAUGGUUGCCGGACUCCUCCAACAAGCAACUGGUUGCGAGUUUGGGUUUCAAAGACAACUCUUGGUCCAUCCUGUCGCCUGGAGUCUCCGUUUCCAGGUCUCCUCCAUCCAGAUCUUGGUCGUCUCCAGCAACAAAACUCUUGUCGUCGUCGUCGCUGAGAUCGACAUUCAAAGAUAAAGAGGACAUGGAAAGGUGUUCCAAUGAACUGUCGCUGUCUCUUUGGCUUUUCACCUCGACAGCGUUUUUCUUGGGACUUUUGUCUUUCCGAAGAAGUUUACCCAACAUCUUCUUGAAUCCUCGCUUCUCCUCUUCCUCUUCCUCACUGAAAGUGAUUGACGAGGCUGGAGUGCCGUGGUCGACAGAAGGUGAGGCUGACGCAGAUGAAACACUCGAACCUGUUUCCUGGAAUUGGAUUCUCUGGACAGAAUUAACGGUGGGUACCGGAGUGGUCUGCGUUGGUGGCACAACGGGAGGCACAAUCAUAUGUCUGUUCCUCAUGUUGGGCAUGGAAUGGUGCUUGCCAGAUUUCGGUCUUGGCUGUGAACGAGGUCUGAAAACCUCACCAUUAGGAAAAUAA